AAAGACUCCCCUAAACCCGAAUGGUACCUCCUAACAUUAGGUCCCACGUGUAGGGUUUCUCUCUGCAUCAUCAUCAUCACUCCAAGAUGGCGUUCAAUUUUGGUGGCGCCAAGACCACGGCGAGCGUUGCACCACUUUUCGGCGGCUUCGGGACCACCACAACAUCGGCACCGUCCACAGGUUUCACGUUCGGUGGGUUCGGACAGACGACAACUUCAGCGCCGACUUUUGGAUUCGGGACGGCGACAACCUCUGCUCCUGCCUUCGGUGCAGGGCUAGGUGCCACUGCUCCAACCACAACAACAACUUCUUUAUUUGGAGGCGGAGCGUUUGGCACCCAGCAGCCAGCCCUAGGGGGUCUUGGGGCCACGACCUUUGGUGGAUUUGGUGCUCAACAACAGAAACCGGGUAUCUUCGCCCAGCCGACCAGCACACAGAAUAACGUGCUGCUGAACACUGCGACCGCCCUGUCCAUGCCGACAGUCUUCAACGAUGAGCGAGACGCGGUCCUGGCCAGAUGGAACCAGCUGCAGGCAUUCUGGGGGACGGGGAAGGGCUACUUCAACGGGACGGCACCCCCGGUGGAAUUCACCUCAGAGAACCACUUCUGUAGAUUCAAGGCCGUAGGUUACAGCUGUAUCCCCUCAGCGCGUGACGAGGACGGUCUGGUGGCGCUGGACUUCAACAAGAAGGACCAGGAUGUGAGGAACGCUCAGCAGCAGUUGGUCGAGACCCUGCACAAGAUCCUGGGCAGUAAACCCACUCACAGUGUUAAUGUGGAGAGUGUCAGGCCUCUGCCUGGGGACAAGUCAGAGGUCAUCAUAUACAUCAUCGAGCGUAAUCCCAACGGCACGUCUCGGAGGAUCGCUGCUUCGGAACUCUUCAACUUCCUGAACCAGAACCACGUCAAGACGCAGCUCACACAGCUGGGCGUGGUCAACAUGGUCGCCAAGACAACCCUCACAGCUGCACAGAUCAAACAGCUGACUGAUACCCCUCCUGCAGGCAUUGAUCCUCUGAUAUGGGAGCAGGCCAAAAAGGAUAACCCGGAUCCUCAAAGACUGAUACCGGUGCCCAUGAUCGGGUUUGGUGAGCUUCAUCGCAGACUCAAGUUACAGGAGUACCAGACAAAACAGCACCAAGGACGGCUGGAUGCAAUAGCAGGCAACAUUACUGGGAUCCAGGGUAACAUGUCCACCAUGCAGUCUAAGAUCCAACAGUACAGAAGAAAGCUGCAGGAGUUGUCACACAGGUCGCUCGAGGUGUUAAUCCGCCAGGAGGCGUACCGGAAGAGUGGCUAUGCCAUCCAGGCUGAUGAGGAGCAGCUACGGGUGCAGCUGGAGGCCAUACAGGUGGAACUUAACGCCCCCAUGCAGUUCAAGGGUCGUCUGAAUGAGCUGAUGUCCCAGAUCAGGAUGCAGCAGAUGCCCAGUGGUCGGGCCGAGGAGAGAUACAGCAUGGAGGCCACCAUGCAGGAGGAGCUCCGACAGCACCUGAAGCAGCAGCAGGAAGGUCUGACUCACCUGAUCGGCAUCAUCAAGGACGACAUGGAGGACCUCAAGGUCAUAGAACAGGGGUUAUCCGAGGUCACACAGCACCAUAGGAGAUAGCACAGUAUAGUCAAGGUCACGGGAUGUAAGUUCAAAGAGCUACCAGAGGUUAUACUUCACCACAGGAGAUAGCACAGUAUAGUCAAGGUCAAAGGAUGCAAGUUCAAAUAGCUACCUGAGUUCACACAGAACCACAGGAGGUAAUUCAGAAUAGGGAUGUUAUCUAUUAGAUCAUGAAGUCAUAGGACACAAGAUGACAGAACACAUUCAUGGUCAUAGGACAUAGGUCACAGGGUGACAAGACAAUGAGCACAAGGUCAGAGGACACAAGGUCAUAGAACGGGCUGGCUGAGGUUACAGCACCACAAGAGAUAGCACAGGAUAGUCAAGGUCACAAGAUGCAAGUUCAAAGAAAUAGCUACCAGAGGUCAUACUUCACCAAAGGGGGUAGUUUAGAAAAGGGAUGUUAUCUAUGAGAUCAUGAGGUCAUAGGAUAGUCUCUACCAGGCUGUUCCCUAGCAGGCUGUACUUCUCUGGCCGGCUUACUCCUCUUUUUGUUCCAUUUCUACGUUUUUUUCCAGCAACCUAUGGAAUCUGGUAGAGACCAUCAUAGGACACAAGAUGACAGAACACAAUGUAUUUAUGAGCAUAGGACAUAGGGCACAAGAUCACAAUGAAAACACAAGGUAAGAAGACACAAGGUCACCAAAUGGGCUGACAGAGGUCAAAGAAGAUAGCAUAGAAUAAGCAAGGUUAAGGGCUUGAGUUCACCGGACAUUAUGUCAUAGACAAUAAGGUCAUAGGUCUCAUUCAGAGGCUAAUGUUUAAUAAGAUAAAUAAUGUACAAUGUACAAAGAACACACUAAGGGUGUGAGCAUUGUAUAAUUAGACAUGAAGUUUUUUACAUGAAAUGUUAGAACCAUCCAACAUCAGUUAGUUUAAUCUACUUGGAAAAAUGUAUCAUUUGGAAAUAACUCGCUUCAGACUUCAUUCAAUAAACUUGUUUGCCUCUAUAAUUGCAUUAACUCUGGUGAUGUCUAUACAUAACUGAGAUAUUGUUGUUAUGUGGCUGUUGAAAAAGUUCCACAAUUAAAAUGUUA